AUGGGAGAUAUUCACGAAAGAUCUGAUUCAUCUACCGCAUCUCUUGUGAUCCCUCACUCCUUAACAUGGUUUAAAUCAUCACCGGCUGCAUGUUCACCCUGGUCUGAGGAUGAGGGUUGUGAUGUGGCUUUCAUAAGCUACGAAUUCUUGUGCAUUUAUAGAGUGUGUUAUGGCACGUCCGAAUCGGGGGAUGGCUAUUUUUUUACUUUUCUGGAUCACUUUAAAGCUCACGAUCAGAAUGUUCACUCCGUUUCCUUUCCUGUACAAUUUUCCGGACCUCCCCUCGAAAAGUGUUUCAUUACAUGUGGUAACGACCGCUGCAUAAGAAUAUGGUCUGCCUCUUCGACUACCUAUGCUUUAGAUAAAGGGAUUCAACUGGGACAAGACACGAUCCCAAACACUUGUGCAGCUUGUAGUGUAGCUGGGUCUCUGUACAUUUUAUCCGCCAGUCUCACUGGUCAUGUUAUAAUAUGGGAGCCAUUGAGUCCCCAUUUAGGCCUGAAACCUUUGGUGAAGAAGUUCAAAAAGGACAUUGCUUCUAGCUGCGUCUGGAUGUUGUCUGCUACUGAUACUACGAAACUCGUUGCUAUCGUCGGCUAUGAAAGUGGCGACAUAUGUGGUUAUUCCUACGAUCCCACUGACCCUGCGAAUAAGAAUCCUCUAUGUGUCCUUUUUCGCAAAUCAGCUCAUCGUUUUGAUAUCUGCAGUCUUAUAGUAGCUAGUGGUCCUGAAGACGAUCGCCAAUGCUUUGCCAGUGCUGGGCGCGAUGCCGACGUCAGACUUUGGUUCCUUGAUGAUUACCAGUGUAAGUAUUCGUACCAUUUCCGGACAUACCAGAAGUCAAGUUCGAAUCCACAGGAACCGGUGACUUCACAGGGCAAGGCUUGGAUUUCUCUGGCUCCGACACGCAUUUCUUCACACAAUGCCCCACAAUUUUUAGCAUUUGAUCCUAAGGGUAAUUUGCACACCUUCAGCUGCAUAGAAAAACCACUGCAAUGCGACUCCGUCUCGCUACCACGCCACAAUGGACUUGUUUUUUCGUUCCUUGCGAUUCCCAACUCCCCGAGCCUCUUUAUAUCCUUCGGCAUGGAUUCACAGAUAAUUGUAUGGAAGAAUAACCAUAAUGACUGGCUAAACCUGACCGCUGUAGCAAAUCAUGUCUGUCUCUCUUCGAAAAUCAACUCUUUGAGUCAAGGACCUGGGUUUUGCAGCCCUCUAGCUGUUGGCCUCUCGGACGGCAACUUACUGAUUCUCGGCAAUGUUCAACCGCCCACGCCAAACUCGUUCACAUCAAUGACUCGACUGUCACCUCUUCCACCCUCUGGAGCUGUCGUUGGCAUAUCCGCUCUGGCAUGGCACCCGGAAGCUCAAUAUGAGUAUCUCUUGGCGAUUGGAAGCAGCAAAGGACACGUUGAUAUUGUAGAUGUUAGAAAGCACCAAAGACGAGGGAGAAACUUCAACCAGUUGGAAGGUUGUGUCUACCGUGUUGUUUGGGGUCCUUCCCUGUUUGGAUUUGCAAAAACGAAUGAGGAAGAAAAUGAGGACACAGAAGAAGAGGAGCGAUUACUCGUCUACGCAGUCGCAAACGGGUCCGUCUUUCUGCUACUCUCUUUGAAGAAGCCCCUUGUAGACUUAGGACCUAAGUUUACUCCGCUCUUGGUCGACUCAUCCGAUCGGAAAUUGGCUGAUAUCGCCUUCCUCCAUCUGGCAGAACAAAAAGAUGUUAAGUUUUCCUGGCUGAUCGGACUGGGUAGUGUGAACGGAGCCGUCAAUAUUUUUGGCCUUCUGCGGAAUAACGGAAUGAUAGUGUCCCUUUCUCGUGUAGACAUACAUAAAAAGUGCAUCAAUUCUAUGGUUUGGUCACACCAUAGUAGUCAGUACUUGCUUGCAGUGGGAUCAUCGGAAUCCUAUAUCACUAUCAUUGAUGCCACUGAACAAGCAGAAAACAAAGAUCCGGGACCCCAAUGUGCUCAGUUCACCAGUUGUUUUGCCGUGCUACAAGGACAUGGGACUCGUAUUUCAUCUCUCGAGUGGUCUCCGUGCGAUGUCGACUUGCUACUCUCAGGGUCCUAUGACUGUACAGCCACGGUUUGGCGAGUAGGAUUGGGAACUUCUGCUGCGAUUGCCAACUACCGUAAUCAUCUAUCCCGUGUAUUUGCCUGUGCUUGGUCUCCUCACGACUCGGAUUUUGUUUUCACUGGUGAAGAAUAUGGGUACCUUGUUGGUUGGCGUCCGAGUGCUCAAAGAGUCACAGCUCCGCCCUCCUACCGCAAGCAUCGUAAUCCUUGUAACAAAAUUCCAGCCUGUCCCCAGGUCAUUGUUCAGGAGGAAGUCGAAAAAGAUACUCAACCAGAACCUGAUUUGGCGGCUCCUGCCUCUCAGAAACGACUUGAGCCCUUUGUGGGCAAAAAGCCUUCUCUUCUACCUGAUCUCUUUGCCACUUCAAGUGUCACCGACUGUUCCGUCCCAAAGCUAGAACAUUCGCCCCCAAUCAUAAUACAGUCUCGUUUCUCCGUUGUACUCGACUUUGUCUCCUAUUUAGAAGAUCCGUCGUUAUUUCCCGAGGAUCGGGUUUUGCCGGAGUUUGAUUUGCUUCGUAGUGGUGGAGCUUUGAGUCGUCGGCGCUUAGUUCGAUUCACCGAAACGGAGGCACUGAAACACUUGUCUGCCGCUUCUAGUGGUCCUAACAGGCAGUCCCGACUUGAUGCCUACUUCAGUCUUCUUCUAUGGCUGGGCAGGGCUGAAUAUGUGGCUAAGAAGUGUGUGGAAGUGCAGCACAUGCCUUUCUGGUUGAUGUGGGCCUUGGAGAUGAUGUUGAAGGGCUCUGCUCCUCGCACAGGCGUUGGUUGCCUUGUGGAGAGUGGAACGCCACAGAUGAAUAAUGCGCCCGACGACUUUCUAAAGCAUAAGAUCAUUCAGUUGAGUGUCUCAAACGAAUACACCUGGGCCUCGACUCUAUUGGUAUGCGCGGGUCAAACUGCAGAGGCGGUGCGCCUCCUCCUGCAAUGUGGCCGUGCCAAAGAGGCCCUCCUUCUCCUCCGACUGCGUCUCAAUCCUGAGGCAAAUCUUGAUCUCCAGACUAAAUGCCUUAACCUCCUUGCUGGACGCUUGGCUUACAACGGACUACCCUACUCUGCGCUCGCUUUCCUUGCCGCAGGACAGACAGAUCGGGCCGUUGCAGCGGUGCGCAGCUCAGCUGCUGCUUCUGAUCCUCCUCUCGACCACAUCGUUGCACUCUGGACUGCUUCCACCAUCCUUCCUAAUAACUUGCCAAUGAUCUUCAAGUUGGCCUACUACUGCAUCACUUACGCAGCGAAUUUGAGUAUCGAGGAGGAGUGUGGGCGUUUUUUGGCUCAGUGGAAGGCCGCGCUGCCUACUCAGAAAGAAAUGAAUUAUUUAAUGGAUUGUGCAAGCUUCCUUCUUCUUAGUGAGUGGACUGGGACUGUUGCCCUACCAGAAAUUGACUUGGUUCAAAUUGUGGGGGAUCGACAACCGAGUCUGAAGCAGGCGGAGUGUAUAGCGAGUGUCGUGGUGGAAUUUGCCGCGGCGUGUUUGACUGAGGAUGUGGUGUCUCUAAAGAAGUCGUUGGGGACCCUGAGCGAUGCCCACCCCACUGUAUAUGCCAACCUCAUGGAGAGAUUAAGCAUCAAGCGAACCAAUUCAUCUAUUCCGCUUCAGAUGAGUGAGAAUGAAACAGUUGUGAUUGAGGAGCACACCUCUUCAGGGCAAACUUUAAAACCAAUAUUUAUUUAUUCUCGGGAGGAAUAUUUCGAUACUCCCCUACCAUCCCAGAAUAUCUCUACGCUACACAAUACGGUCUUAAAACGUUCAGAGAAUUGGCUUUAUUUUGGCUUUGUUUUUAGAUCUCAUCAGGUCUCGACCCUUAGCGUGCCUCGAGAAUCGCCCAACAUCAUAGCUAUGCCAAAAAACCUUCCUUGUAAGUCUGUCUCUUGGAGGCUUUGCGCGACUAGUCUUGUACCACAGGCGUCGAAAAUGUCCAUUCCAUUCCAUUUUCCUCGGGAAUUUUCAGCUUACGUCAUGGCGGGUGAGUACGCGGUGCCGAAUGCACAACUGGUGCGACGGCGCAUCGAUUACCAAGAGACUGCCGAGUACCGUAUAGUCCGACCCCUUACCGGCUCUACCAGUGUAGUUGAUGCCCGUGGGGACGUCUCCAUUGGUCUACGCAAACCUCUUACAGUUGGAAUGGAGGAGUGUUCCAAAACAGCUAGUGAUGAAAAGUUAUCCACGGAAAGCAGUUUAUCAUCUUCAACUCGUCGUAGAACUCGGGUCUCGGUUGUCGAACCCACAGAUCGCGUGCUUCGGUCGCAAAACCGAAGGGGUUCGAGUAUACUACAUCGAAGUAUGAACUAUGCCAUUGAAAAGGAGUCGAAAGCUCCACCUAUAGUGGAUCUGGAGGAGGGGGAGGAGGAGGAGGAGGAGCGAGGAGGAGUCACCUCUGUGGCACUGGAUUCUCAAAAUCGUCAGACCACUUUUAGACGUCGCACCGCCAAAAGUGAGAUGGAGGGACGCCAUCCCUCCCUCGAUAUCAAGGUCACGCCCCUCGAUGGUGGUCGAGCACCAUCGUUGGUGCAAUCUCCACGACCUCAAUACGGUGGCGGUGUGAAUGCACUGACAAAUCGUCCAUGGCAUCUAUCCAGCAUGUUGGGUUUGUCUGCAGAGCCAUCCUACCGCAGUCCAUCACUCCACGCUGAAGAGGAACAACGUCGCCGCCCUACCACCACUGACACUACCUCCUCCUCCCACCGCACCUCGUAUCCUACCUCAUCUUUGAGGCAUCGACUGUACUCUUGCCUCCUUAACCUUAUCGCAAUUCCUCUGGUGCUUUUACAUUACCUCUCAGUCGUCGUCACCACAGCUGGAAAGACCACAGCCUCCGUCCUGUCUAGUCUCUACCACAGAGUUAUCAAUGGCAGAGGUAGUAGUAGUAGCUCAACGCAUCACACAAGAACAUGCAGGCGAAUCUCGUCUGAUGAGCUCGGUCUUACCUACGCCCCAAAUUAUUCCAAAGGCUCUGGCCGUCGUGGUCAUCGUUCUCAGGACAGUAAUUCUUCAUUGUGCUGUGGGACAACUCCAAGUUAUUGUUGUCCUCUGUUCCUUCUCCUCCUCUUACUGGCUACUUUAACCGGAUUUCUCUUUCGACCGGCGGAGGUCAAUCCGGCAUCGGACGAGACUCCUUUCUUCUUUGGUCUGCUCCCCUCGGAUGCGCAGUGUAUUCGCCUUGCAUUUGCCAACGCUCAUUCCUACAUCGAUGAUGCCGAGGCAGGCAUGUUUCAUGCUCCGCAUAACAUCCGUUGGAACUGCCUCUUAUGGAGUCUUUGGGAACCCAGUGUUGCUACGUUAAAACAGCAGUCCUCCGUUUGGUGGAAUUGGGUGCAAAGUCUUUUUGUGUUCAACUCUUCUGGUUUUACAUCUUCGCAACUGGAGCAGGUUCUAGCAUUUGUUUUCUGCCAUUUAGAACACCAUCAACCGAUUACAUCCUUGGAAGGAAUUGACAAUUUACUGAAGCGACUCCAAGUGAUAGACACAGGAAUGACUGACCUCAAUAGACAAGUAGCAGAGUUGAAGCAAGCCAACCGGGAUCGGUUGGACGCCUACACCAAGGAGUAUGGUGUUAUUAGCACCGAUGUCAACCGGCUGGAAGCGGCCAUUGCUUCACUUAAACAGCAGAUCACUCUUAUUGCUGACAAGGUGACUGAUGAAGACGGUUAUGAACAGCGUCGACAGCAAAUUCUUGAUGAUCUAAUCAAACAGGCAGCAUUUGUUUCGACGGCCUCAUUGGAUGCUCGUUUGCAGGAGCUGAGAAAGCAGCUGGAAGCGGUAAUUAGUGGCGGCGCCACCGAUUCGACUGUUCAAGGUGGUGAUCAACAAACUGAGCGAAUUACGAGAUUUGAGAAGGCUCUAAGGGAGUUAGGAGCACUCGUGAUGACACAGAAGUCCGAAAUGGAGACCAAACUUAAGUCCCUGAGGCAGGAGUUUGAGGCUUACAAGGAGGAGAAGACCGCCUCGCUGGAGGCCUUAAACGCCAAAAUCUCUGGAGAUAUCGUCUCCACUGCUGCAGAGUCACGCAGUAACUUGUUUUCAUUGGAACAGCGACUUGUUGCUGAUGUUGAGAAGAUCUCCGCUCGUGUUGGUUCCGUGGAGCGUCUCAUCCAUGAACUAGAGCAGGCUCUUCAAAAGCUUAUCUCUGAAUUGGCCUCCCUACGGGAAGCUGAGACGUCACAGCAAUCAGUCUCCAAGGUGCGCCUUGGCGAGGUGAUUGAUGAAAUGAAGAACACUUUCUCAGAGCAAAUUGCCCUUGAUCUCAAAAAGAAAAUUAUAGGAGAGCUUGCUCAAACGACCGAAUCAGGACCACUUACACAGACGAAGUUGAUCGACCUCAUUAGGAGUACUGUUGACGAAAGACUAAGAGAGACUUUUGCAAACGCACCGCAAUCGACGACAGAAAACAUUCCAGCCGGGGUGUUGGCCUACAUAGAUUCUAUUUUUGAGGCGUUUAUGGCAGAUGGCACAGGUAAGGCGGAUUUUGCUCUCGAGUCGGCCGGCGGAACGGUGGUUUCCACGAGGUGCACUCGCACCUACACCAGUUUUAAGUCGGCUGUCUCCCUCUUCGGUAUCACUUUGGCUUAUUGGUCGCGCUCCCCUAAUGAGAUUCUCCAGCCAAGCAACCAUCCUGGUGAGUGCUGGUGCUUCCAUGGUAGCACGGGUCAGGCGAUAGUGCGAUUGGCGGUGCCGGUCCACGUGACUGGAGUUUCCCUGGAACACAUUCCCAAGGCCUUGGCACACACUGGGCGCAUCGACUCAGCUCCACGGGAAUUUCUUAUCAAAGCUCUGGAAUCGGACUCUGCGGAGGAUGGCGAGAUCCUUGGCUCCUUUAUUUACAACGAAGAUGGCAAACCAAUUCAGUAUUUCCCUGUCAUGGCCCGUUCUGAUGGCAAGCCGACAUUAUUCGUUGAGCUGGUCAUCACCAGUAACCACGGCCAUCCGGAAUACACAUGCGUCUACCGCCUGCGCGUGCACGGGCACAUGGCUACCGAGGCGGACGCGGAGUAG